AUGGCUUUGGCUUUGGUUUUGGCUUUGGUUUUGGCUAUGGGUAUGGCUACCUACCGGGCUAUGGCUAUCGCCAUCGAUCAAGUACUACCGAUCGAUGAUCGUGCUAUCCUGCUCGCCCCCGGGGAGAGUUCUGCUCUAACUUUAGAAGUACCGACACCGAACACCGACCCUGCGUCUCUAUCCACGAUCACGAUCACGGUCACGAUCACGGUCACGAUCAAGGUCCAGGUCAAGGUCCAGGUCAAGGUCACGCCUUCACCCUUACCGGAAACCAAGCCAGGCCUUGAAGAAAAGAAGAAGAACAACAACAACAGAAAGAGGAACCUAUCGCGAGGCACAAAGACUCAUCGACGGCCCCCUCUCCCCAUCGACACCCGACGAAAUCUGGCGCAAGAAAAGUUCCGCGGCUGGGCUGGAAGGAUACCAAUAAUUAUGGAGUCGGACAAGACCGAAAGGAACCGGGCGAACAGCAUUGCAGCGGCGAACGAUCACUCGACCGCUCCCACGAACAACGAUGGCCAGAUGGCGACUCAGCCGAAGGAGUCAAGGUCUCAAGGCGCGGUAGAUCUCGGGGUCGAAGAGGCAUAUGGUAUUGCGGAACAGGGAACUAAAUCGGUCGGCAGCCCUUCCCCCAGGAAUCAUCAACCCAACUACGAGCCGAGCCAGACAGCCCCCUCGGUGGGAAGCCAGAUCAAUUACGAGCCAGCGGCAAGGAGUUCGAGAAUGAGCCACCCAAAUUAUGCUCCGGGUCAAGCAGCAACCAAUCGUGCAAGAUCGACCUUCACACCAAACCCAUCGAAGACCGCGGACAGGGACACGAGAACGAGCGUCAAGCCUAUCUCCAUAGAGCCGCCUGUGACCAAAGUGACACUGAGCGAGUUGGAUGUGACGAAGAUAGUGAAUAACCCAAAGCUCCGCCAUGAUAUAAAUUUUGACCCCGAGCUUCACUUCAGACCGAACCUCGAUGGGGAGAAAGGGAGAAGGAAGACAGAGAAGGCGAAUAACUUCUGGGAGACGAUGCGGGGGCAACUUCGAGAAUUUCUCACGAACCGCGAAACUUUUGAGAAGGAGCUCGGCGACUCGGAAUGGUGCUUGCCUGCGACGCUGAAUGCCAUCCGGGGCAUCUUGGAGACUCUGGUUCCGCAGAGAGACAAGGCCUCGGUGGAGGAGACAUUCAAUGUCGAGCUGCUCAUGCAGCAGUUUCGAAAAGGAGUGGCCGACCUGGUCAAAUUAGCGACAUGGCUUUCUCAGCUCCUCAAGUGCCACUGUGCGCCGAUGAGAGACAACUGGGUUGACGAUAUGGUCAGCCAGCUAAGCAACGGUGACAAGACGGGCGAUGUUGCCAUGUUGGUAGCCGGGAUGAAGAAUCUGAUGGGUGUUCUGGAGGCAAUGAAACUCGACGUGGCAAACCACCAGAUCAGAUGCCUUCGGCCGCUGUUGAUCGACGACACGGUCCAUUUCGAGCAGAAAUUCUUCAUGAAGAAGAUUGCAAUGGGACGCGUCGACGUCGCCGGAGCCCACGCCUGGUUCAAGCGGGCAAGUAGUUCUUCUGGCAUGCAAUCUCAGACCAUGGACUUUGUCAACGCAUUGGUACAACUCACUCUGCCCUCGAAGUCCGAGAUGUUCCCACAUACCUUUCUCUUCGACGAGGAACGACUGGUCAAGCUCCGUUCAGAUAUGCUUGACAUGAUCAACCUCGAGAUUUGUAUGCAGCUUUACCGCAAUCUGGAGUCACAGAGCCGGUCGUAUCCUACUCUAGAUGACACUCCAUCAACAUCUGCAGUGGUAUCCCCAUUCCAUCGCCCCGCGUCACCUGCAGACGAUACCGUGUUCUCCUCUCCGACAAUCCCGUCCCUUCACCACUUUGAUUCCGCGCGGUCCGGCCACCAAGAACGGGGACAUUUCAUCCGCCACCCAUCCGGAAGACAGGUUUGGAAGCCUAGAGUCGGCGACGCCUACGCUGAAUCGGCUACAUCGAGUCCGCGUUCGUCUCCUUCAUCAACUGCGUCCACUCCUGAUACCCUUCCACCAACGCCUCUCUACCUAUCCCCUGAUUUUUCGGAAUCCGCUUCUCAACUCCGAACUUCCCUCAUUGCCAUUCUCUCUUCGUCGACUUCAUCUACCAAGUGGGUCUCUGUUUCGAAUGAUCUCGCUCUCCAGAUUUUACGAUCCACGACAACAUCUCUCACUCGUCUUCCUCAAUUUGAAGCUCACCUGGCUUUCCACAUCUCUAACCCACGUUCCAAGCUGUACCUAGAUGCCGAAGAGCGUGUCUUGGCCGAACUUGGGAAUCAGCUGAAAAAGCUUGUGCAUGCUUACACGCCUCUAUCGAAUCUACAAAUAUUCGAAGCCGCGACUGCUCCAAAGACUGCUUCAGGAAGCUCAUCCGGACAGAGGAAUGGAUUUAAGGACGAGAUUUCCGAGAUCGCCACGAGAAUUGCGCAUAUUGGGCUUUUGCACUGGCGAGUCUGGGCUCCUCUGGCCUAUCUCGUCGAUCCAAAUGCCGUGGAGGACGUUCGAAUCUACUCCGCGCGGGCUAGGAGCAUGCCCUGA